AAGAGGGUCAAUCCAACGCUCCGCCAGCCUCUACUAAUCUCUUCCGCUCAGCGAGCUCGCCACUCGGCACUGUCGUCCACUCGAGCCAAAGCCAAACAAAGCAAUGGCAACGUCAUCUCCCGCCGUCGCCACGGCGCUCCUCUUGCUGGCCGCCGUGCUCGCCCCGCUCGCCGCCGCGGCGGCGGCGUGCUCGGCGGCGGACCGCGACGCGCUGCUGUCGAUCCGCGCGGCGCUGUCGGAGGCGCGGCUGGGCGUGUUCUCGUCGUGGUCGGGCGCGGACUGCUGCGCCGGGUGGUACGGCGUGGCGUGCGACCCCACCGACGGCCGCGUCGCCGACCUCACCCUCCGCGGCGAGGCCGAGGACGCGGUGAUGGCCCCCGCGGGGCGGCCCGCGUCGGGGGUCAUGUCCGGGUACGUCUCCGACGCCGUGUGCCGCCUGGGCCGCCUCUCCUCGCUCGUGCUCGCCGACUGGAAGCAGAUCUCCGGGCCCAUCCCGUCCUGCGUCGCCACGGACCUACCCUACCUCCGCAUCCUCGAGCUACCCGGCAACCGCCUCACCGGCGGGAUCCCGCCAGCCGUCGGCAGCCUCUCCCGCCUCACCGUGCUCAACCUCGCCGACAACCAGCUCACCGGCGCCGUCCCGGGGUCCAUCACCUCCCUCGCCUCCCUCAAGCACCUCGACCUCGCCAACAACCAGCUCACCGGCCGCGUCCCCGCCGACCUCGGCAAGCUCGUCAUGCUCAGCCGCGCGCUGCUCGGCCGGAACCGGCUGUCGGGUCCCAUCCCGGCGUCGGUGUCGUCCAUGCCCCGGCUCGCCGACCUCGACCUCUCCGAGAACCAGCUCACCGGCGCGAUCCCGGGCGGCCUCGGCUCCGCCCACGUGCUCACGUCGCUGUACCUCGGCGGCAACCGGCUGUCGGGGGGGAUCCCGGCGAGCCUGCUCCGGAACAGCGGGCUCGGGAUCCUGAACCUGAGCCAGAACGCCCUGGAGGGCGCCGUCCCGGACGUGUUCACGCCGCAGUCCUACUUCAUGCUGCUGGACCUGUCGCGGAACCGGCUCAGCGGCGGCGUGCCGAGGUCGCUGGCGUCGGCGGCCUACGUGGGGCACCUCGACCUCAGCCACAACCGGCUCUGCGGUGCCAUCCCCGCCGGCCCGCCCUUCAACCACUUCGACGCCGAGUCGUUCGGCGGCAACAGCUGCCUCUGCGGCGGGCCGCUCGGCAAGUGCACGUGAGGUUACCAGCCGCCGGCGUCCUGCCGGCUGGCCGGGUCGAUCAGAGCCGGACGGACACGCCUGCUCUGUGCUACCUGCUACGUAUACAGUGUGUGACGUGGUAUACCGUGCACGACGCGUAACAAACUUUUUUACGUCCGCGUGACGGCGCACGUACGUUGUGUAUCGUACGUGCGGCGAGGUUAAUUGAUUAACCUGGGUAAUCGUAUAGGUUUGGGUACAGAUGACGACAGCUUUUGGCGUUGUGGUGUGAUGAGGGGAAGUUAAAACGAGUGAGGAAAAGGGAAAUAUGUGUGCUUUCCUCCUUUGAUUUCUUCCUCUUUAGUUCUGUGAUUUCUCUUUGCUUAAAGCUUGGGUGCUUAAAGCUUGGGUCUGUACAAGUGUCAGAAGCAGAAAGAUCAAAGAGGUGCUGAGAGCUUGUUUGUGAA